AUAUUUGUUUUGAUCUAAAUAUAAUUGACAUUCAAAUCAAAUCGUGCAACAAUAUCCAUAAUUAUUCUAAUAUGCAUUUAACAGAGUGUGGUUUUACAUGAAUGUGUCACCGCAGGUGUGAGUUCUCAUCUCUCAGGUAUGCACUGAGAGGAAGUGGGCGUGGCCUUCCCCAGGAGGCCUCCCCAUAGCAACCGCUCGAGCUUGCCUUGCCUGCAGUUGCUCGAGUGGAGACGCCUGAAGCGCACGUGAAACCUUGCCAACACAACACCCGCCAAAUGACCAUCCGUGAGCCGGGAUAGAGGGUUCAGCCGCCGCCAUGAACGACAAAUACCACCGGGCGGCUCGAGACGGUCACCUGCACCUGCUGAAAGACGCGACGCGCAAAGAUCUGAACGCGCCGGAUGAGGAUGGGAUGACGCCGACGCUCUGGGCCGCGCACCACGGCAACCUGGACGCGCUCAGACUGCUGGUGGCGCGAGGAGGAGAUCCAGAUAAAUGUGAUAUUUGGGGAAACACUCCCCUUCACCUGGCAGCGGCUAACGGCCAUCUGAACUGUCUGUCCUUUCUGGUGUCAUUUGGCGCCAACGUGUGGUGCUUGGACAAUGACUACCACACUCCACUGGACAUGGCGGCCUCUAGGAGCCACAUGGACUGUGUGCGAUAUCUGGACUCUAUCGCCGCCAAACAGAUCACCAUCAACCCCAAGCUGGUGAGCAAACUAAAGGACCGUGCCUUCCGUCAUGCAGAGAAACGCAUUAAGCACUGUGAAAAGCUUCAGCGCAAGCAUCACGAACGCAUGGAGAAGCGUUUCAUGAGAGAGAAUGCUGCAAUGGACAUGUCGGAUACAAUGAGUUACAGCAGUUUCAGCAGUACCUUAAGCCAAAGGAUCCCUCAGUUCAACACCUUUGACUCCAACAUGACAUACUCACAGGCAACGCUUCAGUCCACAACUAGAGGCCGGACCAAGAUUCAGCGGCGUCUAGAGAAGAAGAAGCAAGGUGAUGGAACGUUCAAGAUUUCUGAAGAUGGGCGAAGGAGUGUCCGCUCACUCUCUGGUCUUCAGCUGGGUAAUGAUGUAAUGUUCAUGAAGCAGGGUACAUACGUCAACCCACGCCAGCAGUCCAGCCCUCGACUCAACAUCCGUAACAUGUUCUCUGGUAAACAGGACAUAAGGGAAGAUGAAGAUGAUGAUGAGGUAGACACUGUUUCCCGGGCACUCAGUGAUCCGGGUCUAUAUGAUGCUGCAUACUCCGAAAUAAGUACAGAUUCUGGUCGGGAUUCUUUGUUCAACCGCCCAGGACUCGGUACCAUGGUAUUCCGUCGGAAUUAUGUGACUGAUGGGCUGUUACGAAUGGGACGGAAUGAGGGUAGCGUGGUGGGGAGUGAACCAGUGGGACGAGUCCCGAACGUCCGAUUACGAGGGAGACUGCCACUACGGACACCCAGUCUCGAUGAAGUCAGCAUAGGCAGCUCAUUGAGCCUCCAAGAGAGGAAUUUGCAGGAUUUGCCUUGGGAGGAAGGAGACCUAGGUUUGGAGGAGGAGGAUGACGAGAUACACCCAUCGUCGGCUCCUUUGGAAGUAUUCCUGGCAUCUCAAGGACUGAGCGACUUCCUAUCCAUCUUCAGUCGAGAGCAGAUGGACCUGGAGGCGUUGCUGUUGUGCUCUGAGCAGGACCUCAUCAGCAUCCACAUCCCACUCGGACCCCGCAAAAAACUCCUGGAUGCGUGCAGCAGACGCAACAAUGCUAUCGACGGAGCUGACGGCAUGCAGGACACUAUGCUUUAAAGGAGAGUGUGUGUCUGUUAUUGACUCUGUUCCAAAACCUAAUGUACUCACUAGCUGCCUGCAUAAGUGGAUGCUUUUUUAAAGCAGCAACCUUGCUGAAUUGAAUCCUCAUAGGCAGCAACUUAACACGGUACAAAAAUAGCGCUUCUCACGCAAAGUGCAUGGGAGACUUGACUCCCAUUUGAUACACAAGUAUGGAGUAAAUCAGUUUCAUUUAGAGUAUUUUUAUCUGUACUUUAUAACCAGCAUUUCUCUCUUCUUGUCCACUGAGCUUGAUGCAUUCUCGGAUUUCUUUCUCUGUGAGGCAUAAAUGUGAUUCUGUCUAAGAAUUUGGCCAAAACACUGUAUUUUAGGAGGCAAUAUAAUAACGCUAAGAUAAGUAAACUGCCUACUUUUUAGAACCACUUCUCCUCAGGAGCUAGUGUGUCAAUAAUGCCUCAAUUGACCCUGUUUACUAAAUGUGCAUCCCCGAUCUUGAAGUGCAUUCACAUUAUGAUGUUCAUUUUAUUACAAAAAAAAAAUGUCUUUGGCUUUAUAUUUUUAAGCAAAAAUACAGUAACUUUUUGUUUUACGGAUGUUUUUCUCCUGACAUCUGUACAGGCUAUUGAAUAAUAUUAUUAUAGCCAAAAUUUGCUUAUGAAUGGUUUUAGUAAACUCGUUCUGACUACAUUCUGUCUACAGUGCUCUCUCUAAAACCUGUUUAGUCAAUAGCAGAUUGAUGAAAUCAAUUUCCACACUCUUCAAAUUACAAAUCCAGUUUCACUUUGAAAUGCAUGACAUUGCGGAAGUAAAAUGGGUUGCACAAUGCAAUUCACAUAUUUGAAAUGCUUCUUAUACCUGCAUUUGAAUCGGAGCCAUUGUGUGUGUAAGAUUGAGUGAAACUACUGCCUCCCUGUGGUUGGGAUGAAAACUACAGGUCUUCUAUGGUCUCACAUGACUGUCUAUCCAGCACUGCUUCCUGCUCACAAAGAGGUUGGAGAAUGAAGUAAACAUGCGUUUUCGAAUGCCCUUUGUUGUUUUUUGGUAUAAUUUGCAUAAACUCUUACCAGCUUGAGGUUCAUCAAAGGCACUGUGGUUCUUGAUUCACUCUGUGAAUUUACUUACAUAUUGAUACUGUUUUGCAUUUUGAACAAUUUUCAACUCUAUAAUUUCAGACCAGGGAUUGAGGCCUUGCCACAUGACAACCCAUCUUAAAUAUGACAAUUUUAACAUAGAUUUGCUAGUGAUCGUGCAAAAAAAAAAAAAAAAAUCUAUAUAUCAGAGCUUUAGUUUCCUACAUUUUCCCAGAUUAUGUUAAAGUAUGGUUUAUCUGACCUUUAUUAAUUUAAUGUACUACAAAAUCUAACAUAGUAAAUUAACUAAUUUCAAACAUUUCAGCAGAAUAAUUUAGAUCAAAGAUCUUUAAGAUCAUUCAUCCAGGUCAGACGUGUGCAAACUUGACUCGUUGCUUUCUGUGCACAUUAUAUAAAUAUUGCACUUUGCAACUGAAUUCAUAUGCAUUUAAGAAUUAUUCAGUGUUUUAUAUUUGGGAUUAUGUUUAUAGUUGUUCAUACAUACUGUAUAUGGAGCUUUAGACAGCAUUGAUGUCCAGCCAAAACACAUUGCAGUUCGACUCAUGUUACUGUAUGUUGGCAAUUUACAGCAUUCUGAGGAUGAUAAUGAUUGUAUACUAUACUGACUCCAGCUGAUGUUUGUACAGUUUUAUUGAUGUACUGUACAGUUCUGUGUAUGUCAUAUUGAUCGACUGCAGUCAAAGCGUGGCUCAGCAGGUGACGUGUUUGUUCUGGAUACUGUGUUCCUCUGCUAUCUGAUCAUUUAUGGGUGUGUGCAGAAGGUUUUAGAGGCUGAUAUGCUGAAAGCUGAUAUUACUCUUGAUACUUUAGCUGUCUAUUCAACAGUUUAUCUCCAUCUGCACAUAUAGCUACACACUGCUGUCCCGUCUCACAUUUAUGUUCAGUGCUUGUCUGGGUGAAAAUGUUCCUGUGUAUUUUAACUCAUUCACUCAAGCAGAACAUAUUUCUGUGUAAAUGUUUUCUAAAACCAUUAUUGUGUCACAUUAUUUUGGGCUGUAAUUGUAAAUUACAGAAAAUUUCUGUGCAGGUAAUUCAAAAACAUUGAUCCUUGUAUCUUGAGUUACAAAUCCUUAUCUUGCAAGAGGAUGAAAGCAAGUCAUUUUGCAUUGUUUCAUGAGGCACAUUGUUUUUGUGUCUUUUGAAGUCUUGCAUAUUUUUUUAUGAUACUCAAAAUAUAAUAUCUUUACAAUUUAUGAUUGUCCCUGACUAUGCCAGGUCAUAUUUCACCCUAUAAAAUCAAAAGAAAUAUGAACCAGACAUUUUCAGGGUAGCCAAAUGCUAAUAUUUUCAGUGACAAAUUGUGGAUAGUUGUGUUCAAAUGUUAAUUUAAUAAACUAGUCAUUAUUACCAUUGUGAA